AUGGGAAUUCGCUAUUAUUUCAAUUCCAUAUAUUUGAACAGCCACUGUAUAAUAUUCCCUUUGAUGCAGAUAGCUAUAAUAUUUUGUUUGGUUGUAUAUGUACAUAUUCAAUUUAACUAAUUUUAGGUAAUUAUAAAUAGAAAUGAUGAUUUAAUAUUACAAAUUACAGAAUCUCUAUUAACAUGUGUAUUUUUUUUUGAGCUACUUGUUAAGAUUUUCAUAUAAAAAGAAGUAUUUGCAUUAUAAUAAAUAGAAUUUUCUGUAAAAUAACAAUAAUUUAACAGACCUAAUUUUAUUUACUACAAUAAUUUCUCUGAUGAUAAUAUAGAAAACAAUAUCAAUCAACCUAAAAUAAGAGUAGGAAGAUGAACUGAUCUCGAUAGUAUUAUUAUUGAUUAGAUAUGCAGUCUAAUCUGUACGGCUAUUUAUGAACAUAAAAAUGUAAUAUUCUUUUUUAUAAUUAGAAAUCGCUAAACGAUUGCCUUUAUCUAAAAUAAUAAUAUUACAUUCACAAAUGAUCCAUAAAUUUAGUCAUCUAUCGAAAUUAAUUAAUAGUGAUUUAUUUAUUUUUAAG